AUGGUACUAUAUAAGCGAAAGCCGGUCAUAUUUUCAUCUCCGCCUUCCCUUCCAGUCGACAUGAAUAGCGAAGUUUUCUUUAUUCCACAUACAAAAGAAUGGUUUUAUAACUACGAAGAUUACGUGGCAAGAAUGGAUUAUUAUAACACCAAAAAGUUCGUAUGCGAAAUCACUGGGAAUUCCUGCUUGACCUUUUUCGAAGCAAUGGAGAGUGAAGAAAGAGAAAUUAAAGGCGUUGAAAAGAACUUUCCCGAAACAUUGAGAGAACACAUUUUAAGGUUUUUACAAUUCAGUCGAAUAACAAGAUUAGAUCAAUUGGUAGACCGAGUCUACCUGGUAUUUAAGGAUGACUACUUUCCUGGAGAGACAAUAUUCAUCAAGGGCCCGAUGAAUGAAGUAGACCAAGAUAGAACGGCCGAAUCGCAUUCUACAGUUAAAUAUAGAGGGACGAUUCGAGAAAAAGUACAAUAUGGCUCAUCGGAUUCUGUGACAACAAAGUAUCUUGUCGUGAGAUUAAGUGACAUGCAAGAGGCCAUUGUAACUGGUGACAGGAUAUCUAGAGAUCGUAAUCACUUCACAAAGUGGUUGAUCAAAACUUUCAUUAAGCUUACUAUGUCGAGGUCGCAUAAAGUGGGUGCUCCUUGGGUUGUCAAGGAGGUUUACGCUAAGGAAUACCGGAUACCACAAGAAUUUCCCAAUGAUUUAAAGCAAUUUGCAUCUACAACACCAACGGGUGAAGUACUCUAUGAAGAUAAUGAAAAGGGUGGUUCUCCGACUCCAGCAGUAUUUGGAGACAGGCAUAGUCCUGGAAAUGAUAAAAGAAAACGCUCAAGUCAUCAAGUGAAAGGACUGAAAAGAAAAAAGUUAUUAAGUAAAGUACUUGAUGUCAAAAAUUCUUCUUCUCCAACACCAAAGCUCGAAUCUGAGCGUAGAAAUAGUCCCAUUUUGAUAAGGGAGAUCCUCCCAUUGAAUUCCAGAAAACGAUUCCCAAUGCAUCAUUUGCCAGAGAAAUUAUUGAACGUUAUAGAGCAUGAAGAUGGAAUGGGAUCGGACGGUCCAGGUACUCCUUCAAACUAUGCAAACGGAUUAUCGGGUAGCUCCAUCCAACCAACCAAGAAAAACUUAGUAGAAGACUUGACGAUUCCUUUUGAUCUUCAAAAUAGAAGGCCCCAGUCCAAUAUUUUGAAACUACCAGAUAAUUCCCUACGAUGGAAUCGUCGUAUAAUAGAAAAUCACCGUUUACUUUUAAAAUCUAAAUUGAACACUGAAGACGAUAUAGGCGAGAUAACUAGACAUACAGAAAUCACAAGACUAUCUCAGCAUGAUCUAUAUUCUGUACAAGAUGCUUUGCAAGUUUGGGUUUUUUUAAAUGUAUACCACGAAGCCUUGAAUCUCGACUCAUUUACAUUUGAUGAUUUUUUAUACGCGAUGGGUUGGAAUCUCAAACAAUUCGAAGAUCAUGGAAGAUGCGAGCUUCUAGACGAAAUUUGGUGUUCUGUUUUGAGUGCAAUGGUUUCUAAUGAGCCAUGUUCUGAAAAGCAAACCGAUGAGGCAGAAUCAUCGGGAACCGUUCCUGGCUUGUUAUUCACAAUUCCUCAGAAUAAACUUCAGGUAAGUCAAUCUGAUUUGGAAGAUUCACGAUCUGAACUAAACUCUCAGGAUACUGAAGAAGACUCUGCUGGCAUAUCGGAUAAUACUAAAGAAAAGAACAUAGAUUCUCCAGAUGAAGAUCACUUCCACAAUGCAUACAUGGCCAUGAACUAUAGAAACACUACGUGGGAUGAUAGGCUUCGUAAAAGAAACUUUAAAGAUGGGAGCUGGCAAUGUAUUUUACUCGGAGCGCUAUCAUUAGUUGAGCACAUUCCUAAAUAUAAACUUACCAUAGACAGAUUAUUUCGUAUACUAGCACCCUAUGAUAUGUCUCCUAGUCCAAAUACAGUUUUGAGACAGUUCUAUGAAUUUUUAGAUAUUGAUUUGAGACUUCAAGCUCUAAGUAUACUAGUUAGCCUCUUAUCGACAGGUGCGGUAGUGAGAAGACAUAUUGAUGAUUGCCUAGAAACAUCUGCUGCAUUGAGACGUUCAAGAUUAGAUCAUAUUCGUGACUUCAGGGUAGCAUUGGAAGAUUUACUGAAACAGAAUCAGAUAUUGCAAAACAUUCUUACAUCAUCUUAUGACACUGAUCAAGUUAAGAGGUCGAAGAUAGAUCUCAGGGCUCUGAUGAUUUCAGAUGAAGAAAAACAGCUAAUAAAGACCAACCAGGAGUUUAAGAAUGCAUUUGAAACUCGUAAAGAUCUAUUGAAAAGAAUUGAAGACCACAAGAAGGCUAAGAGAGAGGUUGAGAAGAAACUAGUGGAGCUAGAUUGUCAAAGGGUCAAACUUUUAGGAAAAGAUAGAUUUUUUAACAGAUAUUGGUGGUUUGAAAAUAAUGGACUUCCUACAUUACAUUCUGGAUCGAAGGAGGAGGAGGAGGAUGAUGAUGAUGAUGGAGUUAAAGAGAAAUCCGAUAUUUCUGAUGAUGAAAACGAAAAAGAAGAUUCGCUAGAUUCAACGUAUCUCAUGGGUACUUUAUGGGUCCAGGGACCAUCUGAGGAUGACCUUCGCAUUCAUUUAGAAAUGACACAGGAGAAUGCUGAGUUCUACUUAAGUGAGCUCCAACAUCCUUGCCAAAAUAAUUCUGAUGCUGGACCUUACAUGGAAAAUAAUUCAACAAUAGGAAAACUUAUAACUCCUAAGAUUGAAGAAGAGCAUUACGAAAAUGGUAACCUUGUGGCUCCUUUACAAAAAAUGAACUUUGAGAAUUUACCGAAACGUUUUAAGUCAACUGCUCUUAAGUUUGGAGUCAAAUUCAACCAAAGCGACGUUUUCAAGGUGGAUGAAAAAAGUGGUUCUGAAGAGCUCGCAUUAAACGAAUAUGGCGGCUUGCCAGAUUUCUUUUCAGUCAGCAAGUUGUCCAAUAUACAGCGCAAGAUAAUAGAAGAGAAUUCUGAUUUAUUAUUUAAUGGUUGUACCUGGCGGUACUAUUGUGAUCCCGAUGAAAUAGAUGGCUUGAUUGAAUGGCUUAAUCCUUGGGGUAAGCGGGAAUCUCAACUUAGAAAGGAGCUCUUGAGUGUUAAGGACUCUAUGAUUAGGAGCAUGAAAGCAAGAAAGAAAGCUCUAUAUGAAACCUUUGUACCUGAUGAAGAAUCAUCGUUGACAGGAAAGAUCAUUGAAGUUGAAAGAAGGAUACAAAAUUUUGAAAAAGAAGACGAAUUGGUAUCUGAUGGUGACAUUAAAACUCAAGAUCAUAAAAGAAGUCUUAGAAAGAAAGUUUUGCCUCGAAAACGACAAAAGCUAAAUUCUAUAGGGGACAUUUUAAAGAAUGGCGACCUUGAGAGUCUCAUAGAUCUCAAGCAUGCGCUCAAACUGGAAUUGGAGACAAAAGUUAUUCAAAGGGAAGCAUCGAGGGUUCUUAAAUAUACAAAUAAUAUUGCUCAAGAACAUUUUGAGAAGUCACUCUAUCUUGGUGGAGAUAAGAAAUUAAAAAGUGGUAGAAAACCCAACAAACUCAAAGCUUAA